AUGUAUUACAUUUUGCAAAUAUUAUUAUUUUGUCAGAAAUUCAAGACACUUUUGAAAUCCCAAAAGCUGUUGCUGGCUGGAGAAAGUUUAAUCAAAACAGCGGCUUUGGAUGCAAUAUUGAUAAUUACUAUAGAAGGCCAUGGAUAUACUAGCUCACAAGAGGGAUUUUUGUUUAGCUCAACUGAAAAUUUAUUGCAAUAUUUAUUCAAUAGCACGACUGAGCCUGCAACUGUUGGAGAAAUAAGAUAA